AGGCAGAAACCUUGGACGCUGGCACUAGAAGGCAGGGGUAUUCUCAGAAAGGGGACAUAGAGAAGGGCAGUGGGGGGGAAUCUAAAUUGUGGGUCUAACCCCUUUGGAACACAAAUCAAAGUAAGCUUGAAUGCCGUGGAUCAAAGGGUACAGAGUCAGGGGGAUGACACGUGGGUGUCAGUGGCAGGAGACUGGCUUUACGAAAACAAGUUCAUGCCAAGAAAGGAAAGAGAUGGUGUGAAGUAGAGAAGGGAUAAUAAGCAAAGGAGGAAGAGAGAGAGAGAAUCAAGCCAGAUGCUAGAUCAGAUAUGCGUGAAAUGAGUGAAUCAGUGAAAGGAGAGGAAGGGGAGUUAAGACGGCAGGAAAGGAAGAGAGAGAUGUCAUCUGAGAUACAAAUAACGGCAUGAGUGAAUUGAUAUUGGAAAGUGUACAGAAUAGCUCGACAGACAACUCAGGGAAGCCAGCAACCAUCCUCUGGAGAGGGACUGGGCAACAGGGUGAAAUCUGAAUCAUGGCUCCUGACCUCAUCCCAGGAUUGCUGUAGCUGCCAACCCUGCCAUGGAGAAGCUAUUACCACUGACAGCAGGGGACAAUGAACCCAUUGUCCACUGUGGGGAGCAUUCCCACAAGGACUGCUGUGAGCGGGUGGUGAUAAAUGUUUCAGGCCUACACUUCGAGACCCAAAUGAAGACCUUGCGCCAGUUUCCUGACACCCUACUAGGUGAUCCGCGACGCCGUGUGCGGUACUACGACCCACUGCGCAACGAAUACUUCUUUGACCGCAACCGGCCCUGCUUUGACUCCAUCUUGUAUUAUUAUCAGUCUGGAGGGCGUCUCCGACGACCAGCCAACGUCCCCAUUGAUGUUUUCUUGGAGGAACUCAAGUUCUAUCAGCUGGGAGAGGAGGCUCUCACUAAAUUCCGAAAUGAUGAGGGCUUCAUUAAGGAUGAAGUGCAGCCCAUGCCUGAGAGGGAGUUCCUCAAACAAGUGUGGCUGCUCUUUGAGCAUCCAGAGAGUUCGCAAGCUGCCCGCAUCAUCGCAUUAAUCUCAGUGUUGGUCAUCCUCAUCUCCAUUGUGAUCUUCUGCCUGGAGACCCUUCCUGAGUUUCGGGAUGAGAGGGAUAUCUCAUUGCCGCUUGUUCAUCAUCGUUUGAAUAGCAGCAUAAACCACACCCUGCCGCCCCCAAAGCCCCAUUCAGAAGAUCCUUUCUUCAUCGUAGAGACCGUUUGCAUCUGCUGGUUCUCGUUUGAGCUCCUGGUACGGUUCAUGGCCUGUCCGAGUAAGCCAGCCUUCUUCAAGAACAUCAUGAACAUGAUUGAUUUUGUGGCCAUCAUCCCUUACUUUGUGGCUCUCGGCACUGAAUUUGCACGCCAGCGGGGCGUGGCCCAGCCUGCAAUGUCCCUGGCUAUCCUCAGGGUCAUCCGGUUGGUGAGGGUCUUCCGAAUCUUCAAGCUCUCCAGGCACUCCAAAGGCUUGCAGAUCCUCGGGCAGACACUCAAGGCCAGCAUGAGGGAGCUUGGCUUGCUCAUCUUCUUCCUCUUCAUUGGAGUCAUCCUCUUCUCAAGUGCUGUCUACUUUGCCGAAGCUGACUAUGACAACACAAACUUUACCAGCAUCCCUGCGGCCUUCUGGUGGGCCGUGGUCACCAUGACAACCGUGGGGUAUGGCGACAUGUACCCUGAGACUGUUGGCGGGAAAAUUGUGGGCUCCCUGUGUGCCAUUGCCGGAGUACUCACCAUCUCCCUCCCCGUGCCUGUCAUUGUCUCCAACUUCAGCUAUUUCUACCACCGUGAAACGGAGGGUGAGGAGCAAAGGCAAUACAUCCACAUCACUACCUGCCCAUACACCCCGCCACCAUCCCCUGCUCCUGCCGCCAUUCAGGAGGCCCACCUCUGGAAGAAACACCAUGAGGAUACCUCACUAACUAUGCCCAAUUCGGAACUGCUCGAUGGCAUGGUGCCUAUGGGAAACUCUGAAGUGCCCAACAAACGUCUCGUGACCCAAGUGUGACCCUCCUCAUUGAUCCAAGUGACCCUUCCCCACAUCCUGGCCUGACCAGCCCUGCAUCUCAGCGUCUUAACUGGAAGGCUCUGCAUUUAGAAACAACAACAAACAGGAAAAUUAGCCAAAAAACACCAGUCUUUGGUUUGGCUUUCAAACCCAAAAAUAGUAUAUUGAGUUCAGAGCAAACCUUUCACAUCACUUUUGGAGAGGGGACCUGAGGGAGAGACAGCUGUGGCUAAAUUUGGGAUGGGGCAAGUCACAGUGGGUUGCCGCCGGAGGUGCCACAUGGUGUGGGGGGGAAGUGAGUCAUGUGGACUAGGUUGCAAGGAGACCGGUCCACAAACAGACACACCCUGUUGCUCUGCUCCUUCCUUUAUUGGUUGAGGGUGCAGUCAGUCCAGAAAAAAGUACUUCCUCCCCCCCCAGCUCCUUUGACUCCCCUGUCUCUGCCUUGUCACCCGCCACCACCUUUCUGUGACUCAAAGAGCCCCUGGCAUGAAGAUGCCUCCAUGAAAUCACAGCAGUGUGUUCUUGGGUUACAUCUGCUGGAGCACGCAAUGGAACAUACCCAGAGCAACCAGGCCCCAAAUAGCAAGAGUGGGGAUAAAUAAGGGAAAGCAAUGAGUCAGCCGCUUGUAAAUCAGGAUAUCACAGUGUGAUCACACAGAGGGGGAACUGUAAAUACAUCCCCAGGAUGCAGCCGACUGCUGCAAAGGAGUUGUCAGCCUCCAUCUGUCUGAUUUUAUAGGAUCCUUUUCAUUGAGGAUCUACAAACAGAUGGCUAUACUUUGUUUUGCUGAGAAUCCACAUUGGAAGGGGUGGACAUGUGUUAAUUUCUUCGGCUACAACUAAUCUGGAAUGCUUACAUAACUUAUAUAACUUUUUGUUUUGUUUUGACAGAUCAUUUUCAUUUCAGACUCAGUCCCAAACCAUCCUUCAGUUUCACCUGAAGCAGUAAAAUGCCAAGCAUGUCACCUUCUUCUGCUCUGGAGCGCCCUCCUUGGACGGCAGCUCAUCAGCACAGCCCACCCAAAUCUUAAAUCCCACAUUCAGGGCUGGCUCUCUACUUACCAUUAGACAGGGUAGGGUAGCCUAGAUCAGGUUGCAGAUUUGGCUGGUACCCAUCAAAAGGCAGCAACUGAUCAAUUAUUGAAUUCAGGGAUGGUUAACCUGUGGCCCUCCAGAUAUUGCUGGACUGCAUCUCCCAUCAGCCCCUGCUAGCACAGCCAAUGGUCAGGGAUGAUGAAAGUUGUAGUUCAGUAACUUCUGGAGGGCCACAGGGUAGCCACCCUGAUUUAGUUUACUCUUAUAUGUUUACUACUAUGGAGAGAGGAAGGGAAAGAGUACUGUCUUUCUGCCUCUGGCUCCAAAGUGUCUUGAGCUUCUUCUUGUGUAAUCCAGUGGAAUCUCCUUAUAACUGAGUCUGACUAGACACUUCUCAGUACGGUAAAAAUUCUCUUUUAUCCCCAGACGACAAAAUCACCUUCCAUUUCAGUUUAGUCAUUUUCAAAUCCACUCAAAGUAGACCACAGCCCCUUCCAUCACAAUCUGGCUAGCUACAAAAUACUCAGCGGUGAGCUCAGUUUAGUCUUCUGCCAGCCAGAGCCAAGCAGCACCCUUCACUUCCCAGAGGGCAGAAUAUCUGCUCUAAUAAGUUCGUCUCUUUUGAAGUCAUCCCCUGUGAUCAAGCUGAGAUAUUUGUGUGGGAGAGGAAAGUGAAGUGGUUCUCAAAGUCUUAACCCAACAAAUAUCCAACAAACGAUCUGUACUCUCCCAGCUACAUUCUUUGUCUUAAUAUAUAUUGUUUCCUUUUCCAUUAGUCUUAAGUGCUGGGUAGAGUGAGACUCAGGGACGUUUACAUUCAGUCAACAACAGUGACAUUUUCUUCCAGCAAAUCUUAAGUAUUGUUGCAUAGGGAAUGUGAAGCAAAAAUGAAAGAAACAAAUCCAUUACCUACUUGGGCUUAAUAAAGCUGCAACGUCCAAGACUUAUGCCAUAAGGGAAUAAAAGCUACUGUGAGUAAUUUGUGUGAGUACGUUACAGAUGUCUAAACAGAAAUGCAAAGCAGAGCAAUUACCUAAGAAAAUAGUGAUUGUUGUGGCACAUAAAGGUAGUGUAGCAGCUAUAGUUACCCUAAUACUAUUUUCCCUUUGUCAGCCGGAUUUUGAUUUACAAGGUAAUUUGUAGGUUAUGUAAGAGUGUUAUUCAUGCUGCAAACCUCAGUAGGUGAAGCUUGUAACUAUGGUACAGGGCAGGACCCCAUGACCAUUAAGGGCUCGCAACUGUGCAAGUAUGAACAUAAGCAGAGUUUCCUGGAUGAGGUCAAAAGUCCAUUUAAUCCAGCAUCCACCAGGCCAAACCGAUGUCUCUGGAAAGCCCACAAGUAGGGCAUGGCAAAACAACCUCACCUUCUGUGUUCCUAGCAGUUGGCAUUUGGUAGUACGCUGCCUCACUUGAUGUUGCAAGUAGAUAACCAGCCAUUGACAGAAUGAUCCUCUCUGAAUUUGUCUAAUCCCUCUUUAUCCAUUGUUACUCGUGGUCAGAGUAGACCCAUUGACAUUAAUAGUCAUAACUAACUUAGGUCUGUUAAUGUCAAGAGCUUAAUUGGAUACAACCCAAUGGCAUCAUGGGGUAAUGCAGAUAAUAAUACCAAAAAUCAAUUACGUACCAUGUGAAGUUAUUACUUCCUUUCAUCUACUAUGAAUCUCCCACAAACAGUUUCAUUGAAUGGCCCCUGAGUUCUUAUGUUCUGAGAGACGGAGAAUAACUUCUUUCUAUCCACUUUCUCCCACACCAUGCACAAAUGCACUUAUUACAAUGAAAGUGGGUAUAAGAGAGAAAGAGUUACUCUAAUUUGGGCUGCCAUCUUAUUUUCUGAUGGAUGCUCUGUGCCUUUAACAGAGGAGGAACUCCACAGUUGCAUGGCAUACAUUCAAUUAUGUAGCAGCUACAUGGUAGCUGUUUAAAAGCCUCUAUCAGGAUCACAAAUAUAGGUGGCAAUCAUCUCUGCAACAGCUAUGGCCUUGCAUGUCUGUUGUAAUCAUUUUGAGUAGCACAUAAUUUCUCUGUAUAAUUUAGGUCACAUCUGCACCUUAUAUUUAAAGCACUAUUAUGCUACUUUAAACAGACAUGACUUCCCCCAGAGAAUCCUGGGAACAGUCAUUUGUUAAGGGUGCUAAGAGUUGUUAGGAGACCCCUAUUCCCCCUCACAGAGCUACAAUUCUGAGAGUAGUUUAACAAUCAAUCCCUCUUCCCAGGGAACUCUGAGUACUGUAGCUCUGUGAGGGGAACAUCAGUCCUCUAACAACUCUCAGCAUCCUUAACAAACUACAGUUCCCAGGAUUUUUUUGGGGGGAAGCCAUGAUUUUUGGGGGAAGUGAUAUCAUAGGGCUUUAAAAGUAAGGUGCAGAUGUGGUCUUAGUAACUGCAGUGUAAUUUGUGUACAGAAUAGUUGCACUGUUGUCGCUAAGCAAACUUGUGCUGGCUGCAUUGCUGUUGAUAUUCAAUUACCUUGCAAUUAUUACUCUGCUGUUGUGGACACAUGAGUAACAGUUUAGAAAAUAGUUAUAGUUCAGAAGGCGGAAAAGUUAUAAAGUUGUGUGGAUUCAUACAACUGGGAUCCACAUGGAAACUUACCACAUAGGAAGGUGGUCGUCUGUUGCCCCCAGAUUCAUGAUCUUGCAUUCACCAAUAUCAUGUGAGACAAUCCUAUUGUCCUGGUCUGCAUCAUCCAGACUGCAGUGGGGAAUUGCAACAUUGAAUGCUUUCCCAUAAACAUUUUCCUGACAUGUAUGGAAGAAGGGUUAUAGACUAGCUUUCCCCUUGAAGUGCUAGUUGUCUGUGUGCAGAUCUCACCCACCCACCUACCCUGGAAACAUUCAAACAUGCAGUUCAAAGUUGCUAUUUUUCACUUGCAAUCUUGUCCAGGAAAGGCCAUAUCAUGUGAUUCUACUGCAUGUGUAGUUCACUUCUAAGUUCAUCAUUACCCUUAAAAGGUGGCAAGUGGAACUGAAAUGAUGAUGAAUUUUUUAAAUGCUGCAUUGUAAAUGCCUUAUGUGCACCUACACAAAAGCUGUAUUAGAGAUUGGCACUGCUGUGUAAGAAGUAAGAAUACAAUGACAUGUGUGUAGCUGAGACUGUUUCUGUGAAUAGGUGCUAUUGGGAGUACUUACUAUAGUAAAUAAGACUGCCAGCAUUCCCCCACCCCCAUAGAGGCCCUGGAUCUUUAGCAGUUGCAUAACAGGUAGAAAUCCCACAGGCAAAGCUGUGCCUGUUAAAGAUACAGGAACUCUGCCAUAAUAAACCCCUCAUUAAUAACUGAGAUAUUAUACAACUUUUGUGUAUGACUGUAACAACAGCAGUGUACAUUACACGUGCCAGUAGUUGCGAGAGUUAUUCAUGCAUAGUAACUGUAGAGCAGCCUUUCCCAACCAGUGUGCCUCCAGAUGUUGUUGGACCACAACUCCCAUCAGCCUCAGCCAGCAUUGCCA